UCAUGAUCCACGCCUCAGAUAACUGUCCCCAUGAAACGGGAGGUUUGUCAGGGGAUGUGAGAAGUACGACUAAUCUUCUCCACACCACGGAAACAUGGCAAGAGGUCAACAGGCCAACCAGGAGCUCGCUGAGGUGCUAAACCAACUCUGGCAACUGGACAGCAACCGCCUCCGGCCGGGGACGGACUACAUCAUUUCCCUACAGGGGAGGGCAGGUUAUGUGGCUCAGGGGAGUAACUAUGCCAGAGACAGAGCCAGGGCUCCACUCUUCACAUACGUCAACGAAGACAAACUCAAGAGUAUCGAAACAUACGCACAUUUCAUCAACUUGCUGGACAACUAUGAGAUGUCCACGGGCGUGUCAGAGACGGUCACUUCAGAGGAGCUGCAGGAGAACAAGCUCUUCAUCAAUUCCUUACUGGAGACGGAUGUCAUGAAGUGCGCUCACAAGUAUCUGGUCCGGAUGGGGCAAUCGCCAUCAGACCCCGCACAGUUCAAAAGACAGCUGUAUGACAUCUGGUUCCGUCUCUACCACAGGGAGAGAGGUGGAGGUGAAGAUUCUUGCGGAUUUGAACACGUGUUCGUUGGAGAAACCAAAUUUGGCCAGGAGAUCAUGGGUCUUCACAACUGGGUCCAGUUCUACCUGCAGGAAAAACACGGCCACGUUGACUACAAAGGUUACAAAGCAAGAGACAACAAAGACACACCUGACGAAGACGACCAUGUCCUGAACCUGCAGUUCAGCUGUAAGGGCUUGGUGAAACCCGUUGGCGGCUGCUUCAUUGGCGUCAGUCCGGAGUUCGAGGUGGCCCUCUUCACCAUCAUCUUCCUCAUGUCCACUGAGAAGAUGACGUCUGUGGUGGUGAAGGUGGACGAGUACAAGCUGGAGCUGGUCGUGUAUCGGCACGGCCGGUCCAUCGGCACGUCUUUCCCCAAACUGCUCAGCAGCAACAACAGGGAUUUGUAAUAAUUCACAUGUUUUUUGUUGUUACAAAUCUUUGGCUUCAUGUCUAUACAGCAUAAUCUGAAAACAUACCUGGAUCAGGUUCUCUUUGCACUAAAUGUCAGGCUUUAACUAUCUAUACCGAGCAGAGGCUUGAUAUGAUGGAAGGAAUAUAAGUCGUUAUUAAUCACAUUUCUAUGAUCUUCUUUGUACAAUUGUGUGCAAUCGUAUAUUAUUUUAUAUAAAACCUUCUCUGUUUACGAUCUAGUUGUUACAUGUUCAUUAUCCCCUAAUAGCUGUCUAUGUAGGAAACGUUUUUGUUGUUGUUGCCCUGAUCUCCGUCUGUCAGGCAGCAGGCGCGAGGGCUGAAACGAAACUAAAAGUUACAGAUUUUACCAUAAAUCGUUUUACUCCAGGUAUAAUUUUAAUCACACAACAAUCUGCCACAAAAAAAAAUUCAGUAGUGCUUUAGUAACCUGGCAGCACUAUCACCGGACAACAGUUUUCUGUAAAAAAAAAAAAAAGAAGAAUGAAUAACCUUAUUUUUGAUUUAUAUUGUUUUAAAAUCAAGUGCCUCGUAUCAUUGAAUAUAUUCCAAGUGUUUUCUUUGCCAGUGACGGUAAAACCCCAAUUACAUUUUGAGAUGAAAGUUAAAGAUUAAGAAUUAUAUAUAAUUUUUAGGUACUCGUAUUAAGUAUUUCCAUGUUGUGCUAUUGUAUACUUUUAUGUGAUUUUACUGCACUACUUUUACUGUAGUUAGAAUUAUUGUUUAGAUUAAGAUUUUUCAUUAUCAAACAUGUGACGCUUAUGAAAUAAAUGACAAAGUCUCAAAUUAUUGUUUAAGGUCAAAUUAUAUAUUUUUGACAUUUCACAGACUAAUGUAACUGUCCUUCAAUAAAUCCUACCUGCAUGAAUAA